UUAUUAUUGAAUCUUCACUCUUCGGUCCACAGAUAUUUGCACAUUGCAUUAGAUUUAGAUAUUUUAUGAAUUAGUGUACUUACUACUUGUCUUAAUAAUCAUUAUUAGUUUAGUUUACUUAUUAAAAUGAGUUCAUUCACAAAUAAAAAUGUUUUGAAUUUGUUAAGAAAUUUACCAAGACUCUCAAUUUCUAACCUUCGAAAUAAUGACGGAGCAGUAAAAAAAAAUAAACGAGGCAGGGGCCAACACGGAGGUGACAAACAUGGUCAUGGUAAUAAAGGAUCAAAAGCUAGGCAAAACUUCAUGAGACCUGGAUAUGAGACAGGAAAUACACCAUUUUAUAUGAAAUUUCCUAGAGAGCAAUAUUACAAGGAUCAUCAUGUUAAAAGACAAUAUCCACCACUAUCAUUGACUACUUUACAAAAAAUGAUUGAUUUGAAUCGUAUAGACAUUUCAAAACCUAUAGAUUUAUCAGUUUUGUGCAAUACGGGUCUAUAUAAUAUUAAUCCAGAAUAUAAGCACUUUGGAGUAAAUCUUAUUGAUGAAGGAGCAGAUCAUUUUAAAGCAAAAAUUAAUAUAGAAGUUCAGUGGGCAAGUGAACCUACAAUUGCAGCCAUAGAAAGAAAUGGAGGAGUUAUAACGACAUCAUUUUUUGAUGUUAAUAGUUUAUUUAUUUUAAUUAAUCCUAAAAAGUUCUUCCAGAGAGGAGAAGCAAUACCUAGACGAAUGAUUCCUCCUGAUGAUGCAAUUUUAUACUAUUCGAGUGCAGCAAAUCGUGGUUAUUUGGCAGAUCCUGAAAAAAUAUCUUGGGAACGUUUUAUUUUAGCACAGAAAUAUGGAUAUAAACUUCCCAAAAUUGAAGAUGAUCCAGRUUAUGACAUGCUUGUCAGUAGAAAAGAUCAGAGGCAAAUAUUUUAUGGCCUAGAACCUGGUUGGGUUGUUAAUCUUAAGGAUAAAGUUAUACUUAAACCCAUUGAUCCAGAACUUAAAGCAUUCUAUAAAAGUUAAAUAUAUGUUUUUGUGUUAGUAUUAAAAUGUAUGAUUAUAUGUGUCAUGUAAUUUAGUUAUAAUAUACAAUACUGAAGAGCAUGAUUACUUAUCACUUUGUAUUCAUUUAAAUUGUAAUGAUUAUUUAUGUCGUCAAUCCACUGAUUGCUUCACAUUUGAAAUCAAUAAAAUUGGUAUUUAGUGAAAUAUUAUAAUUUAUAAUAGUUAAAUAAAUUUUUGGAUUUGUUUCUAUGUCAUUAGACCACUAUUUAAAACUUGAUUAUACAAUAAAGCAAUCAAUGUAUCUCAUAUUCAUCCAAAGAUAGUAACUAGUAACUAAUUUUAAAAAAUGGGUAGGGUACCGCUCUGUGAUGUGUUAUGUAUUGUUUAAAUCACUGUAAUGGAUAAGUUAAAUUAGAAUUCAAUUACAUGAAAAAUGACUCUG